CCAUUUUAUUGCAAAAGAAGAUCCGGUGACCCUUCCCUGCUGCAUAUAUCUAUUUACAUUUAUAUAGCCUUUUAAACUUUCACUUUUCUCAGACCAAGCAAUUAUUUUGUGCCCAUUAAUUUAUCUUCUUCACCUCCAUUUUUGUAUAACACUAAAACCCCACACCUCUCCAAAGAACUCAGACAGAUAAUACUAAGUGUUUACUAUAUAUCGUCAGGUCAUUGUUCAAAAAAAGAAAAAGAAAAAAGAAAGAGAUAUGGGGAGAGGAAGAGUGGAGCUGAAGAGGAUAGAAAACAAGAUCAACAGACAGGUGACCUUCUCUAAGAGGAGAAAUGGUUUGCUCAAGAAAGCUUAUGAGCUUUCUGUACUUUGUGAUGCUGAGGUUGCCCUUAUCAUCUUCUCUAGUCGUGGCAAGCUCUACGAGUUUGGCAGCUCAGGUAUGACCAAGACCCUUGAGCGAUACCAACGUUGCUGCUUGACUCCUCAAGACAACAGCCUUGAACGUGAAACUCAGAAUUGGUACCAAGAGGUAACCAAGUUAAAGACAAAAUACCAAGCACUGCAACGCACUCAAAGGCAUUUGCUUGGAGAAGAUCUUGGACCAUUGAAUGUGAAAGAGCUGCAAAACCUUGAGAAGCAGCUUGAAGGAGCUCUUGCACUGGCCAGACAAAGGAAGACACAGAUUAUGAUAGAACAAAUGGAAGACCUCCGCAAAAAGGAGCGUCAUCUUGGAGACCUUAACAAACAGCUCAAAAUCAAGAAGGACAGAACUUCAAAACAAUCCAAGGCUUUGGAGUUCUGCUGUAGCAGCAGAAAAUAG